AUGAAUGUGUUCGAAAAUGGCAUUCGUCUUGGCUCUGGGGUCGAAUAUGAGUUUGAUAUGAUUAUUUUUGCACUGGGAUUCGAUGCUGCCACUGGGGCGCUCAGUGACUUGGAGGUUAAAGGCACUGGAGGUAAAGUCCUGAAGGAUUGCUGGGAAAGGAGGCUCGAAACAUUUUCCGGAGCUCUCGUCCCGGGCUUUCCCAACAUGUUCAUCUUCUGUGGCCUAAAUAUCGGGAAGACCAUUCGCCAUAUGGAAGAAAACAAACUCGAUACCAUUGACGUGUCUGAGAAGCCUGCAUAUGCCUGGUCUUAUCACCUACGAGAAGCUUUCAAAGCCACGCUGUUUGCAGAAUCGGCCAAGGCAGCAAAAGCAUGGUUUGUGGGAGCCAACAUUCCUGGCAAGGCUAUUGAUCCUUUGUUUUACUUUGGCGGAGUUUCGACCUGGGCUUCGUGGCUCGACAAAGAGACCAAGACAGGAUGGGAAAGCAUGAAGUUUUCGCCUUCCGUGGCUACUGACGUCGAAAGGAAAGAAGCCCCGAUCCACUCUGGAGGUCAAAUAGCACUCGGUUCGCCGUCAGUUGCAGCAUGA